AUGGGAAGCUGGCCGCCCGGGGGGAGAACCCUGAGCUUGGAGGAGGCAGGAGAUGGCAGCAUGAUGGAGCAGCCGGAUGCUCCCCUCGGUGCCACCCCUGUGGGUCCGGCCUUCGUCCAGGGGGAUGUCCUGGCCACCCGGUUCCUGCAGGCCGAGCUGGAGCAGAACGUGCGUCUCAGGGAGCUCUCCUUCCUCGACCCCAUCUGCUACGUCUACAACCCUCUGGAGUAUGCCUGGGAGCCCCACGAGGACUACGUGAGGAGAUAUUGCCGUUCCCCCAAAGAGGUGCUUUUCCUCGGCAUGAACCCUGGCCCCUUCGGGAUGGCACAGACUGGGGUGCCCUUUGGGGAGGUGCGUCACGUCCGGGAGUGGCUGCAGAUCCGCGGGCAGGUGUCUAAGCCGGCCCAGGAGCACCCCAAGAGACCUGUCCUGGGGCUGGAGUGCCCCCAGACGGAGGUGAGCGGUGCCCGCUUCUGGGGCCUCUUCCGCUCGCUGUGCCCUGGCCCUGAGGCCUUCUUCCGCCGCUGCUUCGUCCACAACCACUGCCCGCUGCUCUUCAUGAGCCAGAGCGGCAAGAACCUGACGCCGGCCGACCUGCCGGCUGCCCAGCGCGAGCGCCUGCUGCAGGUCUGCGACGACGGGUUGGCCCAGGCCGUGCGCCUGCUCAGUGUUGCCAUGGUGAUCGGCGUGGGCCGCUUCGCCGAGCAGCGGGCCCGCAAGGCCCUGGCCUCGGCCGGCCUCCAGGUCCGGGUGGAAGGCCUGAUGCACCCCUCGCCCCGCAACCCCCAGGCCAACAGGGGCUGGGAGGCCAUUGCCAAGGCCAGGCUGGAGGAGCUGCAUGUCCUGCCCCUGUUGACGGGCUGA